GUGAGAACAGCUGAGAGGAAAUAACAAUGGGAGUAACAGAGCCCAGCGUAGGGCCGUUCGAAAUUCCCGUGACGGCUUACGCGCUUUCGCCCGAGCGCUGCUGCUGCUACGACCACUACCGCAUCAUCGCCUGAUGUGAUGUUGCUCCAGUUCAAUUUUGGCCGCCUUGUGCCCAUGUAAUCAUAGCCUUUCCCGUCUACUGUCCCCAGGUAUCUAUUAUAUGUCUUCCUACCGCCCCUCUCCAGCAUCCAACUAUUCAUGUUUAUGUGAUUGCGUUGGACAUCAAUCGCAAUGGAUGACUCGAUGCGAGUAGAGUACCCAGCCAUGCUGGCGAACCUCCCACCGUCGCAAGCAGCGCAGACUCUCAAUGACCGAGUUAGACGCAUAUCCAAGCUCAACGUAGAAAUUGCCGACUGGUUACAGGAACGAAGGCGAGUCGAGGAGCAAUAUGUCCAAGGAUUGAGGAAGUUGGCCCAAUUCCGAGUCCCAAAUGCGCAAUCGGAGCUCGGAACCUUCCAGGGGCAAUGGGACAAAAUACAGCAGUCGGCCGAGGCCAUGGCGAUGUCGCACCACCUCUUCGCCACCAAGAUCGAGAAGGACGUCGAACAACCGCUGCGGAGCUUCCAUACGAAGAAAGAGAUGCAGAACAUGCAGACCAUACAAGGCAACCUGCAGAGCAUGGCCAAGGAACUCGACGAUGCCCAGAAGAAGUCAGAUUCUCUCAACAAGAAGGCUGGGAAGGCGAGUGCGGUGAAGGUCGAUCAGGCCGCCACCAAGCUCGAGUCGGCCACCAACCAGUGGGAAUCGCAAGCGCCUUUCAUAUUCGAGACGCUUCAGGCACUAGAUGAGACACGAAUGAAUCACCUGCGCGAUGUGUUGACCCAGUAUGGCACAUAUGAGGGAGAAAAGGCGCAACAGCAGCAGGCCGAUUCGGAGGGGGUGCUAAAUAGUCUCCUCGACUAUAGCACCUCGCACGAGAUCAAUUACUUUGUACAGAGAACGACAGCCGGUCGGCCGAAGCUGGAGAAACGAAUAACCACGACGCGACAGCCAUCAAGCUUGGGUGGCGCCCCGCCCUCUCUCGCGCCAGCGUCAAGUCCCCAUGAGCCCUCGAUGGCCGGGGAUGAUCGAAGCGACCAUUCGGUUUUGAGGGAAGAAAAGGGAGGCGAGAACAAGUUGCGCAGUCGCAUCGGCACUAUGCUUGGUCGGAGAAGACAGAGUAUCCACGGCGGCUUUGGGCAACUGUCACCCGCAAAAGGAGCUUUUGGAAGAAACAUCAAGAGCAGCCAUGGUCUUUCACCACGGGCUUCCUCGAGCAAUCUCGGCGAAUCCAACAACAAACUGUCUGCACUGACCGAACAGCCUGAUGCUGGAGAGGAGGCCCCAUCUGCUUCCGACUCGAGAUAUAAGACAAGUCACGAAGGACCCAAUGGUGUAAGCGCCGACGCUACUGGAGAUGGGCCUUCUACCCGGGCAGAAUCAGCUCAUGUCAACGGGACCAGUCCAGCAGCGGCGCUAGACGUGGCUGAUGUACUGCCUCCGCCAGGACCACCACCAUCCCAAAAAGAACCCGAGAAGGAUGAAGAAGGCUACAGUGUGCCACCUGCUGCAGACGAUCCGAUUUCUGCCGCCGAGAGAGAAGCUGUGGGAGAUGAAAGUGAGCCUGCAUUCAAGCUCAACAUCCAAAAGGAGCCGAUAGCAGAGGAAGACCCAGAGGAAAGGGAAGCUGCCAUUUCAAAGUUCUCGAAUAGUCUCUCAGCCUUGGGCGCACCAGCACGGAGGGCGGGCACCAUACGUGGCCGCCGGGAUGUUAGGAACACCAUUUACGUGCCAGCACCUCUACCGCCAAGCUCUUCAUCCGGGAAUCCAUUUCCACCUUCACCAAGCUUGCCGUCGACCAUCUCUAAGCCAUCAGCUGUGGCAGGCCUCACAUCUGAAACGAGCAUUGCAGGUACUUCGGACACACAGUCUAUCCGAUCCUCCAACUCUUUGGGAAGCAUCGUCCACUUCCAGCACCCCGACAUGCAUGAUCCAGGUCUAAACUCGUCUAUCGUGGAGACAGUAUCGGCAACUUUCGAGGGGACGGAGGUGAAAUCGGUCAAAGUCAACGGCGAAAUUGCUUUCUCCUUCAAUGCAACAGACCCAUCUAGCACACAGACCCACCAAUCAAUACGUAUAAACAAUUUCUCGACACUGGACGUCAUAGGUCCCAACCGUAUCUUUGUGACCAACCAUGCGACCGAUCAUCCCGACCAGUUUACGCUCGACCUGACACACCUUCGCCAAUACCAGGCUACGGUCGGCUUCUCAUACCGUCUCCAUACGGAUCCCGUUACCCCAGCUGUUGAGCAUCUCCCUAUUUUGCUCCACCCGGCUUGGAAACCGCAAGGCGCGAAGUUGGGCCUCUUGUUACAAUACAAGCUCAACCCGGCCUUCAAGUACAGCGGUGGUGGUUCUGUGAACCUGUACAACUUGGUUAUCUUUGCGACGUACGACGGCAAGGCUUCAGGCGCGCAGACGAAGCCUUCGGGCACUCACUUGAAAGAUAAACACCUAGUGUACUGGCGGCUAGGCGACGUGACUCUGACGCCGGAGCAAGGACUUCAGAAGAUUGUCUGCCGCAUUGUUGGAGACGUGGGCGUAGAACCCAAAGCCGGAAUCGUUGAAGCGAGAUGGGAAUUCAGUUCGAUCGGGGAGAGUGCUAAGGUAGUCAGUGUGUCCAAAAUGGAAGAAGGCAAGGGGAAGGAAGUAGAGCUCAACGACGAUGACCCAUUUGCCGAUGCUGGGGAGAAUGUCAGCACGGCGGAAGGCCGCUGGAUCGAUGUCCCCGCGGUUAGAAGGUUGGUGUCGGGGAAGUUUGAGGCAAAGUAGUCAGGGGCGGCAUGUAGAUGGAAAGCAGAGGAUGAGUUGUAAGGACACAUAUGCAACCGUACAUUCUCGUAUAGGGGGACUUGUCUAAGGUCCAGACAUGACAUGAUAUUGUAUAGCAUUUUAAAUGUAAGCGAGCAUUUUGAUGGAGUUUAACACGAAGCAGUGGUGCACUCAACACAAACAAUCUACAAAUACAGUUUCAUUAGGU